CUUAAACAGUAAUAAUGAUUCCUGUAGCACAAUUUCUAAAAUUAUUAAUAGUUGUAGAAAAACUAUUCACUGAGUUUGCAAAAUUAAAAGCACAAACACUGCUUUGCACACAGUUUGCACUUUUAUAACACACAAUUUGCAAAUGUAUAAAUACAAUCUAAUCCACAGCACUCCUUUUGCAGAACUGUAAACACAACUCAGUACUUUACACACAAUUUCCAAAUUAUCAGAACACUCCUAGUAAAACUAUACACAUUUAUGGACAUUUUUUACACUUUUUGUGUAACUGUUUGACCCACACUGCACAUGUGAAAACAGUUUUAUAUAAUUAGUUCACUUUGCAAUCAGCUUGAGCACUAUAAAUAAGCCACAGGUAAGCUUUCAAUGUGGAGAACAAUGGAGGGCAGACUGAGAAGAGUGAGAAUUAGAGGAGGGCGAGGAAGAGGAAGAGGACGAGGACGUGAAGGAGCAGGUGGAAGAGGAGGAGGACAAAGACUAGGAGGUGAAUUUAGAGGAAGAGGACAAGGAGGUGAAGAGGAAGGAGGAAGGAUAAGAAGAAUCAGAAUUCCUGAUGACAUCAGAGCAACAAUAGUAGACCAUGUAAUCAACCAUGGAAUGACCCUAAGGGAAGCUGGCCAACGGGUUCAGCCUAACCUCAGCCGCUACACUGUAGCAAGUAUCAUAAGGACAUUUCGAAAUGAGAAUCGAGUUGCUAGAAAUCCAGCAUCUGGGGGCAGACAAAGAAUGUUCACUGAAGAACAAGAGACUCAUAUAGUCAAUAUGGUGUUGGCCAAUAAUUCCAUUAGGCUGCGAGAAAUACAGCAGCGCAUAAUAGAGGAUACCAUCACAUUCCAAAACAUAAACAACGUGAGCAUCUCUGCAUUAUCUCGUGUACUGGCACGAAAUAGAAUAAGAAUGAAACAAAUUUACAGAGUCCCUUUUGAAAGAAACAGUGAGCGCAUAAAACAACUGCGAUAUGAAUAUGUUCAGAGAGUGAUGGAGCUAGAGGCAGAUGCCAUGGGUCAUGAACUGAUUUAUGUAGAUGAGGCAGGUUUUAACCUAACUAAAACAAGGAGACGUGGCAGGAACCUUAUUGGACAACGUGCUAUAAUCAAUGUGCCAGGACAGCGUGGUGGUAAUAUAACUAUGUGUGCAGCUAUGAGUCAAAAUGGUGUUGUGCACCAUCAUGCAAUCCUGGGCCCAUAUAACACUGCACACAUUAUUACAUUCCUGGAUACCCUAUAUCAUACACUCACUAAUGUUCAGAGAGCAGAGCAGAUGAGAUAUGUUAUCAUAUGGGACAAUGUUAGCUUCCAUAGGGCUGCUUUGGUCCGCAACUGGUUCACAGAUCACCAACUCUUUACUGUACUAAACCUCCCCCCAUAUUCUCCAUUCCUGAAUCCAAUCGAAGAAUUCUUCUCUGCCUGGCGCUGGAAGGUCUAUGACCGUCAUCCCCAUCAGCGCAUGGCUCUUUUACAGGCAAUGGAAGAGGCAUGUGAGGAUAUUGACCAGGCAUCAUGUCAGGCCUGGAUACGGCACUCAAGAAGAUAUUUUCCACGGUGCCUUGGACAAGAAGACAUUGCUUGUGAUGUCGAUGAAAUUCUGUGGCCGGACCCAGAAAGACGACAUGAUUGAUAUUUUUUCUCUCUCUCUCUUUCAGUGAAAUUGUAUGUUUUUUUGUGCUUCGUUUUGAUAUGUAUGAAUAAACAUUCAUACUUACAGUAAGUAAAAUUUGAAUCCUUGUGUGUUUGUAUGACAAAAUUAUGUCAAAAGUAUUACUUCAAAUUCACCUACCUUGUGCACAGAGAAAGCAAAAGCCAGAUGUGUUUUUUAUUUAUACCAUCAGUGUGUAGUUGGCACUUUGUGUGCUUAUAAAUAUGAUGGUUAGUGUUAACUGUUUGGUACAAAAAUACCAUUUUUACAAAGGUUUGUAGAGUUAAACAAGAUGUAUACUCUUUUGCAAGAGAACUAAAAUGUUUUGAUAAUUGGGUGAAAGGUUUUCUUAUUUGUGUGUAGAGUUUUGCAAAAAUAGCCAAUAGUUACAAAAAAUGUGCUUAAGCAAU